GAGUGGGAAAAUACUUUGCGGAAGGAAACGAAAAGGAAAGAAUGAAACAAGAGUUGCGCAAUAACAGAAUUGCGCAAGAAAGAUACAAGAGCAGAAUGGAGAGAGAAUGAACCUUAUGAGCUGCCGGAGAAGGCAGAUCAUAACAGCCGACGGUCUAUGAGAUGGAAGCGCGUGUGUUUGCUUUUUAGUGUGGCAGCCUGCAUUAUUUUCUCGAAUUGAAACGGUGUGAUCUUACGCAUCACCUUACGUUGCUUUGCUCGAGAAAGAAAAUUUUCAUUUUAGGUUAACAUAGUGUUUGAUGGAAAGAUAUUAGUUUUAGCAUUUUUAUGAAGAUUAGUUUGCUGAAGUCGGGGCGUUGGGGUCCUCCUAGCUUUCUGAAGUCUUGCUACCACUGUGCACGGCGUAUUAGAUGUACUCUUUAAUGGAUUGAGACCUUUGUAGUAAUAACUCGCUUGGAGCAUUAGUAAAGCUUGAGAAUCGACUUGUGCGAUUCUUUCGUGUAUACUUAAUGAACAUCAUCUUGUACAACAUAUAUUGCAAAAGUAAUAGCAAUAAUGUGAAACGCUGUUGGACCAUGUUGGCGACUUCUAAACCAAUCAAACCUUCUUUUUUUGGUUUGUACGAAUUUGUACGAUUGGACGUAUUUCUGACAAAUAACGCAAAAAGAAUUGAGUUCAUGCAUGAUUUCUGAAGAUGGCGGCUGAUUUUCUUGGAAAGUGGUAGCUUUGCAAGAGACUCGAUUUUACAAAAAAAUUCAGGUUUAAAAUGUUUUUGAUUAAAGAGUCAAGAACGGAUCUAGAACUUUUACCAAUGUUGAUAUCGAUAGAGCUAUUGAUUCGCUACAUUUUGGUGUAUUUUUUGUUCGAGUUUCUUAAACAAAGCCGUUUGUUAACAUUCUGAGGGUGUUAUUUCUAAAGAAGAUCGUUAUUUUUUCAUCAAUAAAUAGUCCAAAGUUUUCAGGUCAACACGGAGUGUCCUAAGAUCGGGAGAUUUUGCACCAAGGUCCGUAUGUCACACGGCCGCUCCCCCCCUCUUUUUUCACCUUGGUGCCAAAUGCGGAGCACAUGUCCAAUCGAGCUCAAAUUCUUAUCGGAGAUAGAAGAGCGAAAAAAAAAUCGAUUUAUUUUUCCUCAGAAUUUUGUGGCAUGAUCUUCUAUGGGUUUUCUGGAAAACUCCAGUUUUCAUCCAGUCACAUUAUCACUCCUCGAAAAAAUGGUCCGAUCGAGUCGAAAUUUUUACCACAGAUACUCCAGAUCCUAUCUCAGAAUGAAUGCUGAUAAGUAUUUUCCGUAUAUCUCGAACACGAAAGCAUAUUUUUCAAAAACAAAUUUUGUCAUUCUGAGAUAGGAUCUAGAGUAUCUGUGGCACAAAUUUCGACUUGAUCGAACCAUUUUUUCGAGGGGUGAUAAUGUGACUGAAUGAAAACUGGAGUUUCCCAGAAAACCCUUAAUACAGAUAAACUGAACGAAGAAGUGGAUAGGACCUUCAACUCAGCUCGACCACAUCCUAGACUAGCCUUGUGCUUUCGGUUAUCUCUAUUUUGGUUUUUACUCCUGAAGAAAUACGCUGUACUCGGCAUUAUAUAGUUACGAUACCAACAACAUACACUUUAUUAAAACUUAAGAGUUUUCGACUGAUAACUGGAAUCAUCAUAUACAUAAAAGCGCCGCAUAAGAAUUUUAAACGCACGCGACGUUGUGUACUUAAUAUACAUUCUCUUAUUUUAUUUUUUCCAAAAAUCCUUGUUUUCGUUUCUGUUCUUAUAUAUUCUGAACUUCGAAACACUGCAAUAAGUCACCAAACGUAAGCUCGCGUACUCUAAAUAAAAUAUUUCUUGUUAAUCGUGUACAGAUUAUUCUGGCUUACCUCAGCCUUAUAUCAAUAAAUGCAGCUGGCAUAACACCAACGACAGGGACGAGCUCAACGACAAACGCCCCAGUCCGUCACUUCCCUUUCUUGAUCUUGAACCUCUGAAGAAUUCUGUCCGUCAAAAUCGGAAAUUUUGAUCAAAUGAUUAUUAACAGCUUAAUAACUAACAUUAUUUGUUCUAACGUACUCUUCCCGCGAUGAACACGUGCAGUUGGGUGAAUUAAGCUGAAUGCAAUGUUUUAUAGCUGAAACGUGGAAAAGGUUUUUCUUUUAGAUGCUUCAAGCACAAGAAUCGCAGCUCUACUGACCAGUACUGUCGCAUCCAAAGUCACUACAUGUAUGAACGCAAAACAUAAUUGUAUUCAAGAUUGUCUCGUUUGCUCUCGUUCUAGCUAAGCAAGACACAACCGUUGUGACCACGGUAACAUCUACUGCUGUCACCACAUCGCUGCCUAAUCAAGACACAGCCGUUAUGACCACGGUAACAUCUACUGCUGUCACCACAUCGAUACGUAAGUUGCACUUCGCAUUACAUAUGAAUAUGUCUAAGCAAGGCACAACCGUUGUGACCACGGUGGCAUCCGCGGCUGGCACCACAUCGCUGACUAAGCAAGACACAACCGUUGUAACCACGGUGGCAUCCGCUGCUGGCACCAAAUCGCCGCGUAAGUUGUGCUUCGCAUUACAUAUGACUAUGUCUAAGCAAGACACAACCGUUGUGACCACGGUGGCAUCCGCUGCUGGCACCACAUCGCUGCCUACGCAAGACACAGCCGUUGUGACCACGGUGGCAUCCGCUGCUGGCACCACAUCGCUGCCUAAGCAAGACACAACCGUUGUGACCACGGUGGCAUCCGCUGCUGGCACCACAUCGCUGCCUACGCAAGACACAGCCGUUGUGACCACGGUGGCAUCCGCUGCUGGCACCACAUCGCUGCAUGUAUGUUCAAAUGGAACAUGGAAUACCACAGCAACAACAGUUGCUAGCUCUGGACUCAAUACACCAAUUGGUUUUUAUUUGGAUAAAAUACACCAGAUAAUGUAUAUUACUGAUUAUGGGAAUAAUCGUGUUUUACAAUGGACCGUUGGUCAACCAAGUGGAACUGUUAUUGCAGCAGGAAGUCAGUUCCAUUCUAUCACCGGCGUAGCCGUUGAUUCAACGGGCAAUGUAUAUACUAGUGACUCAAAUUUAAAUACUAUACUCAAAUUUCCACCGGGGUCCGAUGAAACAACAGUGGGUAUGGUCGUUGACACAGUGAGCGGACCGCAGAAUCUCUUUGUCGAUACAAACGAUGAUUUAUAUGUAUCAGACACGUAUAAUAGUAGAGUAUUAAAAUAUCCGCAGCGCAAAACUCCAUAUCAAAUUGUCGCAGGAAAUGGUACUGUUGGUUCAGAUUUAAAUACACUGAAUUUCCCAAUCGGUGUUUAUGUCGAUCCAAGUGGAAAUCUCUAUGUGACCGAUUAUGGAAAUAAUCGUGUUCUGCGUUUUCCACCUGGAUCUAGUAAUACAACAAAUGGAACAGUGGUUGCGAGCGGAUUGAAUGGUCCAAGAGAUACGAUCGUGGAUCAAUGUGGAACUAUAUACGUGACGGAUUCUGGGAGCAAAACAGUACAACGUUGGUUAGCUGGUGCAUCAAGUGGUGAUACAAUUCUUGGUACCAUCGGGACUUCAUUUUCGCCAGAGGGAAUUGCAAGUAUAACAACAUCGACGUCUAUAUGA